GUCAGAGAGAACACUCAAUCGACUAUGCACAUUUUUCUGCUAAACCUAAUGAGAGACAAGAGUCCAGUGACUAACAGCAGCAGUUUACAGUGGCGUGAAACGAGUGAAGGAAAACAAGUUUUCGUUGGAGAAAUCAUGAGGAGAAAUGUAUGUCAAAAUUACAGUCAGUCGCUCUGAAAAGGUCUUUGUGUUUGGACAAAUAAUCGCAAAUUAUCGGGUGAAAUAUUUUCAACGCGUUGCUGUGUUUUUUCUCGUUGUUCACACACACGUUCAACUUGAGUUUGAUUUAAUUAAUUGAUUGCAAAACAAAGUGAGUGCGAAUGUUAAGGCAACCAACCGUCAGUGGAAUUGUGAUUAAAAUUUAGCAAACAACAAUAAACGUGGAAUGCAUAUAAAAUAAAUUCGCUAUUUGUGUUUGUGGCUAAUUAUAUCUGAAAAUUGUAUGGGAAAUUUGAUAAAUGUGUCAGUGAAAAUACAUAAAAAUAAAGGUCUUCUGUGGAGUAUAUCAUAAUAAAUUUCUUAAAUAUUUGCGUACUGUGGUGAUGUUGUGAAGUGGUUUGUCAGUGAUUAUCGCAUAAAAAGAGAGGCAAAAGAGCAUAAAAAGUUUGACAACGGGCCAAUAAAACGGCCAUCAGCAAAUUCUUAACAGAAAAUAAGCAAAACAAACGUUAUUGAUAUUCAGGAAAAGACCGAAAUUACUGUUCAUAUAAACAAAUAACUAAUAAGGUAAUACUGUCAUCAUUUGCAGAAUAUAGAAGAUUAUAAAGAUCUCCAACUGUAAGACAACUCAACAACAACAAUAGUGCUUCCAAGAAAAUAAAUUGCGAAAGUCGUAAACUCGCAUGCCUUUGUUCGAUUAGAAAGCAGCUGACGCACACCUACAUAUAAAAAGUACAUCAGGACGUACCAGAAACAAACAAAUAUUCAAAAAAAUAACGCAAAUAUCUCAUGAAAGUACAGCAGCGACAACAACAACAAAGCUCAAAACCAAUCUUCUUAGGCUCCCCUCUGUGAUCGCACCCAUAAACUCGUGUUUUUUAUUGACUGACAAUGCAACUGUGCGCAUAAACAUCUGCUAUAUUUUUCAUAUAUUUUCCAAUAACGAAGUCUAAACGAAAAGCUAACAACAACAACUUCACACAGAACUUGAGAACUGAGUGGUGAGCAGAGCUUUCGUAAUUAAGCAGCAACACACGCACAAUGAAAAACGACGUCGUACGAUGGAGUUUAGCGCCAAAUGCACAAGAUGCGAGCGACAGCAUGCCCAAUAAAAGCAAAAGCAAAAACAAUAGCAACAACUUUCCAACAAUAAACGCGGCUGUUGCGCAUCAAAGCGCUGCGACUGCGUACGAGGCGUCCAAUGGUGGGUGGCUGUUUAGCGGACAGCCACGGCACAUUCAACGCCAAAUGCAACAACAAUAUUGUGAUACUAAUGCAAGUUUUCUUAAUGCUACAACAACAACAACAACAAGUAGUUAUUUAGUGAUUCCACGACCGCAUAGCAUAAGCCACAAUGCGAUCAAACGUAAAUCGAAAUUCGCCACUUCAUCCUCCAACACGCUGAGUAGACAUUUUCACGCACCACAACAACAGCGAGAACAAACAAGUAAUACACAUCAUCAUCACCGCCGCCAGCGCAAAGUGAAAGCACGGACAUUUGCUGCAUUGCAUUUAAAUAGGAUUUUAUUGAAUUGUGUGCAAUUGAAUGUGUUUUUAGUGUUUUUGUUGUGUACGUUGAAUGUCGGUUUCGCGAUUGUGCCGAAUGUCAGCGCCGCCAUUGUUAACAACACGAGCGUGUCGUUGACGGGCGGCGCGGUGAAUGCGCUCGAUGGCGGUGUGACGUAUCAACUCGACUACGAGGAGAGCGACAGUGGGACAGAGAGCGACGGGGCGGCGGGGCAUUAUACCCACACCUGGGCGGUGCAUAUACCGGAUGGCGACAACGGCGUGGCCGAUCAAGUGGCCAGGGAUCAUGGUUUCGUCAAUAUGGGCAAGAUUUUCGAAAAUCACUACCAUUUUGCACAUCACAAAGUUUCCAAGCGUUCACUAACACCCUCGCAGCCGCAUCAGACACGCCUUGAUGAGGAUCACAGGGUGCAUUGGGCUAAGCAACAGCAAGCCAAGUCGCGUCAAAAACGUGACUACAUACGUAUGCGCCCGUCAAGAACAUCAUCGCGCGCACUCUCACAGGUGGAUACAGUUCCUUUGAACGACCCAAAAUGGGCGCAAAUGUGGUAUUUGAAUCGCGGUGGCGGUUUGGAUAUGAACGUAGUACCUGCUUGGCAGGCAGGCAUUACCGGUAAAGGUAUUGUGGUUACAAUACUUGACGACGGUCUGGAAUCAGACCAUCCAGAUAUCGAGCAUAACUAUGAUCCUGAUGCGUCUUACGACGUCAACAGCCACGACAACGAUCCAAUGCCACACUACGACAUGACCGAUUCAAAUCGUCAUGGUACGCGUUGCGCUGGUGAAGUGGCCGCCACCGCCAAUAACUCAAUCUGUGCGGUUGGUAUUGCAUUUGGCGCCAGUGUUGGCGGUGUCCGAAUGUUGGAUGGCGAUGUGACGGACGCCGUCGAGGCGCGCUCCUUAUCAUUGAAUCCGCAACACAUCGACAUAUAUAGCGCGUCGUGGGGACCCGACGACGAUGGUAAAACGGUAGAUGGUCCCGGUGAAUUGGCUCAACGCGCCUUCAUUGAGGGUGUAACGAAAGGCCGGCAAGGCAAAGGUAGCAUAUUUAUUUGGGCUUCGGGUAACGGUGGUCGUGAGUUCGAUAAUUGUAAUUGUGACGGCUAUACAAACUCCAUUUGGACACUGUCAAUAUCUAGUGCCACCGAAGAGGGUCAUGUACCCUGGUAUUCGGAGAAAUGCAGUUCCACAUUGGCGACCACAUACAGUAGUGGCGGACAGAGUGAGAAGCAGGUGGUGACGACAGACUUGCAUCACUCGUGUACGGUCUCGCAUACAGGUACCUCAGCGUCAGCGCCGCUGGCCGCCGGUAUAGCAGCGCUAGUGCUCGAAUCGAACACGAAUUUGACGUGGCGUGAUUUGCAGCAUAUUGUGGUGCGUACAGCCAAGCCGGCUAACUUACGAGAUCCAACAUGGUCGAGAAAUGGGGUCGGCCGACGCAUCAGCCAUUCGUUUGGUUAUGGUCUCAUGGAUGCGGCAGCAAUGGUGCAAGUGGCGCGUAAAUGGAAAACUGUGCCGGAGCAGCAACGUUGCGAAAUCAAUGCACCACAUGUGGACAAAGUCAUUCCGCCCAGAAGUUAUAUCACAUUACAGUUAACUGUAAAACACUGUUCAUCCGUCAAUUAUCUGGAGCAUGUUCAAGCCAAAAUAACAUUAACAUCACAACGUCGCGGUGACAUUCAAUUGAAUCUCAAGUCACCGGCAGGCACCAAAGUUACUUUAUUAACAUCACGUAUACAUGAUGUAUCUCGUUCUGGUUUUAAUCAAUGGCCCUUCAUGUCCGUCCAUACUUGGGGAGAAUCGCCACACGGCGAUUGGCAACUGGAAAUACACAACGAAGGUCGUUAUAUGGCGCAAAUCACACAAUGGGACUUAAUUUUCUAUGGCACAGAAACACCCGCCCAACCGGAAGACACGGUCCAUAUUAGCGACGGUCUAUUUGGCAAUGAUAUGGCGCACAACGACAUCGAAUACGAUGCCAAUUUGCAAUGGCGAAAUAUGCAGCAGGUUGAACCCAGUGCGAUGGCUAAUGAUAAGACAAAUGCGUCGUGUCUGAAGGCGACAUCCGACCAAAGAUGUUUAGAAUGUGCCACGCCCACGUAUUACUACAAUGGCCACUGCUAUGAACAAUGCCCCACACACACCUUUGCCAUCAUCAGUGACAGCAUCGCAGCAACCGGAACUGCGACACUCAACGACAAGACCACAUCGAAAACGAGUGUAGCCGACGAUGAUGAAUUGCAGUCCAUCGAUCGUAGACGAGAAGCUGUGCGCUUAUAUGCCGACACGAGUAAACCUUUGGAACCGAUACAUUUGCGACGCUGCGAGAAAUGUGACAACAGCUGUCUGCGCUGCUAUGGACCAUUCAAUUCGCAAUGCAGCACCUGUCCGCCCGGCAGUCAAUUGCGCAAAAUACCGCUCACGAACGAAACAUUUUGCUACAUCUUUGCCGAACGUAGUUCGGGUAAUAGGCUCAAUGGCGUAUUCACCGCCAAAGUCGAAACGAUAAAUAGCGUAGAACACAAUGACGCUAUGAAUGCGACGAGUGUCGUAUAUCUUACACUAAUUCUGGUACCGACACUCCUCAUCAUUUUCGCCAUCAUGUUUGUUUCGGUUGCACGUCGAAACAAUUUACGUAUACCGUUCUGGCGGAACGGUAACACAGCCGGAAGUGUGGUCACACUACCUAAUGUCGGCUAUGAUCGUGUAGCGCUGCUGACCGAAGGCGAAGACGAAGGUGACGAGGCCGAUGAUGAAGAGGAGCACUACAUACACGGUUCUGUGCGCACCUAUCACGAUGAGCUGACACCUUGCGUGGCUGAUGAUGAGGCGACAAUCGACAUCGAUUUGACGCCGACAAUUAUUGAAGCCGUAGAUAUAAGCGACUCGGAGGAGGAACUUUUUGACUCAACGCAACAUAAUUAGUAAUAGAGAAUAUGAUGAGCAAAGAUGCUGACAUUGAGGCAUUCUAUUUUAUUUUACAUAUGUAUUAAGUAAUAGUCUAAUUUUUAUUCUAAGUAGAUUUUUUUGGGAACUUACUGUUAAUUUUAUGUUUUCAAAUACUUGUUUUUCUGUUUUUAUUUAUUAAAUACUUAAUUAAUUGCCAAUGA